CUCGGGUAUCCUCGGUAUAAAAAGAAGCGUGAAGGGUCGUGAGUCUCCAGACACACUUGAAUCUUCAAAUUAACAAGUGUGUGAUUAAAUUGUCAGGAAUAAAAUUCUUUAGUAAAUAAAAUAAUAAAUUAAAUAAAAUAAAAUUGACGGGGAAAAAAAAUCUUGAUAUAUUACGUGUUAUUAAUAACAAACUAUAAUUAUAAUUAUAAAUAGUGCGCGUAAUUUUUGAGUAAAUAAAUAAUUGUUUAAGCUUGCAAUGCCGAGGCGCGAAGUUUUCAUUCUUAUCUUCGUAUUUUUUAAGAUUACGCUCAGCUAUGCGAGUAUUAUUUUGCAUGAGCGUCAUGCACCUGCUGGCAAGAUACCUCCGGAGUCAAUAACUAAUUACAUCUUCAAAGGAAUAGGAAAAAUUGUACUACCGUCUAUAAUUAUCUCAGACUGCAUAUUUGUGACAUCAGAGCCUGGAAAAUUUACCUACGAAUCGCAAAGUGACGAACCUACAGUCUGCGGAGUUUAUUUGAUAACUGAUCCAGAUAAACGAAUAGAAGUUAAUUUUCUAUCCUUUGACGUUCCUUGUGAGCAAGACGGCCUUGUAUCGUUUGUUGACGGCUGGGAGUUAAAUGGAGAAUUUUUCCCGCCCGAGAAUGACCACGAGUUGCCGUUCGAGAAAAGAGUCACUGAGUUCUGCGGAUCGAGAGUUAGCCACACGUUUUUGAGUUCUCAGAACAGCGCUCUGGUGCAGUAUAGAGUUCCAUUCAAGGGCAAGGGCUUCACUAUGUUUGUUCGCUACCGGAAAAACCCAUUUCCGUGUAACAUCCUAGUAAACAGCACAAUGGACACCUUUACCCUACGGAACUUUGGAGAGCGAAAAAAUUGCUCUCUAGCUACAAUCUACCCUUCCGCAGUCCAGAUCGUGGCGCUGAACGUCGGAAUGAAGAAACUAGAGGGCCCCAGCUACCUCCGGCAACUCGACCCAGGAAUAAUCCACCACUGCGACAAGCACCGAUUGAUGGACCAGGUUCUAAUUGGCGGAUCCAAUGGCCUUGAUACUUCCAAAUUCGAGCUUCUAGAGUCCGUCUGCGGAUUCACUUCCAAGCCUGAGCGGAGCUUCAAGCUUAUUGGCUGCGGAGUUACCGCGAUCAGGCUGACCUCUAGCGGAAUUUUCGACAACUCAGUCAGCGUUUUUGUACGUCCGGCAAUUGAUGAGGAAAUUAUGAAUUCUAAUUUAGUAUGCGGACUCUAAUUGGAUUAUUAGAUGAUUUUAGAUAAAUUAUUAUUGUGUAAUAGAUAAUUUAUUUAUUUAAAUAUGAAUCUCUGUGUAAUUUUUAUUUAUUUUU